AUGAACUGCAUCGGGAACCAGAUUAUGUGUGUCACCAUCAAUGGGAUGUGGAGUGGAGGGCACCGUCCCCAAAUGCUGAGGGGCUGCGCCACCGCCAACAUCUGCCAGCUGCCAGAAAACGCCACCUUGGGCCCGACAGAGUCUGGAUUUCAUCUCACCUCCAGGCCAGUCUGCAGCAGCUCACUUCUGUCUCCGGUGGCAGGUUCCCACACAGCCACACCCUACAAGAGCAAAGGCAAUGCCAAAGUGACCACCUGUUUCACCUGCUCAGACCCGCAGAAUUGUGAGCCUCUCCCCUGCACUGAGAAGGAGAACUACUGCCUUCGGAUCACCGUCAUCUCUGCCGUGGGGCUCGCGCGACCUGUCCUCUGGAAAAACGGCUCCUGCGUGGCCUCCACGGACUGCAAAUCAAACAACUCCCUUUCUGGCAUGGGCUACUGGAUCAAUGCCACUUGUUGCGUGGGGGACUGCGAGGAGCCCCCUUCUCCAGCUGUGCCCCUGCCAGCCGCCUUGAGCCCGUUCCUGUGCCCUACCUGCAGUGAAGAAUCCCUGGAAAGCUGCAAUAGCACCUUGUACCAGCAGUGUCUCAGCGGGGGGACCGAGUGUAUGCAGUUGCACAUAACUCAAAUAGGUAGUCGGUCUGUGAACUUGAGCGUGCAGGGCUGCAGCUCCAGGGCCCUGUGCGACUCCCAGGUGGAUACCCAGCGGCUCCUGGCCUUCUCUGGCUACCAGCUGACCAGGAAGCCCCACUGCACCAACAGCCGGCGCGCGGUCAUGGCCACCAAGUGCACCUCCGACACGGCGCCUCGCCUCAGCCUCGCCCUGCCUGUGCUGAUGGUAGCCCUGGGGACCACCACCCUCUCCUGA